AUGAUGAUAGUGCAUUGUGGGUAUUGUUUGCGAAAAUUUAAAAUGGCGGCAAAUGAGAACCUGGAAAAUUUGGAUGAAGAAUUUUACAAGAACUUUUUACUUCAAAAUCCUCAAUAUUUGAAACAAAAAGUGCCCCAAGAAGAUUCUAUAGACUUUAUUCCGGAUGCUGGGUUUGUGYUGAAGUCAAAAGUUGCCACAGAAAAUGGCGAGAAAAAAGUGUUUGURAACAUUUGUACAUCAGAACAUGUCCCAAACCCAAGGGAGGUCAGUGAGAAGGAACUGGCAGAAAUUCUCGACUCGGAGGACCCGUUAAGGUAUAGAGUACCUCUUAGUCUUGGAGAACCACACGCAGAAUUGGAUAAAAGUGGACAAGGUUGUACUGUUUAUGAUAUUGUGAUCAAUCCAGCUUUUUUGGAAAAGGUUCAAGAAAAUUCAUUUUUCCGAAAUUUCUUCCUUACUGUGGUAUUCCAAGGACUUGAAGAAAAAUAUGGACUUGAGCUUGAUAGRAACUGGACAAUAUUGAAAAAUAAAAAAAGUAUGGGCAAAAUACAAACUCAUUCUGUACGGAGUAAAAGCAAACCAGUCAUUGUUGAUAUGAAUAAUACAGAUACUACAGAAAAGUCAAAUAAAAUACAAGAAAUUAAACCUGAAGAGCCUAAAUAUAAGAUGYUGAUGGAACCAGAGGAUAAGCCAGAGUUUAUUGUUCUUGAAANUUCUUUACUCUUCUAGAAGUCAUCAGGAUGUAUAGAGUUGGAUGUUGGCGGUGAUAGACUGGUACUUAAUGUGAAUCCAGUCAAAUAUCAUCUGGAUACAAUCCUGCCUCAUGCCGUUAAUAAUGAAACCUGUGGGGCACAGUUUAACAAGAAAAAUAAAGUAUUAACUGUUACAAUGGCUGUUGACGAUAGCAGCUGACAGCAUCUAUUCUGUUGGGCUGCCUGUGUUAAACCAGAUAAGAUUCCAGUGUUAGAUCAAAUAGAAUUCCUGUGUUUAAUCAGAUGGGAUUGUUUUUUAAUUGGUUGGGAUUCCUGUGUUGGAGCAACUGGAAUUCCUGUGUUGAAGCGAUUGGGGUUGCUGUGUUAAAACAUUGGAUGACAGUGGUGAAUCAUAUUGGAUUUCAGUGCUGGAUAACAAUUGGUCACUCGUGCUGAACCCAUAUACAGACUCAAUGUUGUAUUAUAAUGGGCUUCCUGUGGUGUGUAUCACAAGAACAUCCUAUAACAUUUCUGUUUAGUGUGAUUCUUGUGUCUUGUCCAACUGUUAAUAACUCUGGAUAAUGAAACAUUUGUGCUUCCCACUUGAAUUGUAAUUUGGUGAUUUGAUGGGAUACCUGUGCAUACUGUAUAUCAUGUCUACUUGUAAACACUGUGGACUAUUAACCAUAUUUAACCAUGCAUAUAUUUGUGCCUACAUCUAUGCUUCUACUAUGCUAUAUAUAGAAUAUGCACUAAAAACUCAUGGUCUUGCUAUCUUUUUACCAAAAGAAUCAAUAUUUAAACAGUUUUUAGGUUGUUUCAUGGUGUUCAAAUUAAAACGUACAUGGAAAUUAAUUAUAGUAAACAAUUAAAAGAAUGUGAUGGGAAGUUUUGUCAAAAUCUAAAUGUCACAUUUCAAGUCAAAUAGGAGUAAGAUAGUGGUCACAGUGUCCAAUAUUCCAUUCUACAGUUUAUUUGAAGUUACUUAUCAUAGAAAUCUACCAAAACCACCAAAAAGGGUGCAACUUAUUAAAAAUUUAAAAAAGUUUUAGAGCAUCCAGUAAAACUACCACUCUGCAAACUUAAUUUUUUUUUUUACCAAGAUAACCUAUCCAGCAUGCAGUUAAACCAAGAUAACCUAGCCAGCAUGCACUUAAACCAAAACCUUUCACACAAUGACAGUUUUGGUUUUGCAGAAGGCAGGCUAAGAUAACCUCACAUUUCUUUGAAAAAUGUGGUGACUUUAAAAUACUGAGUGUAUUCCUGAUCURAAUCACUAUAAAUCUCCUAUUCAAGAUAUUUCCAUCCAUUUAUCUUCUAUUUAUUCUUUCAUCUUUUUUUUAUCCAAUAGACCUUUCUCAAUAAAUGUUUUUUUUAGUUAAGAUAAUCUGACCACUGAGAUUAUUACAAAGUAUAUGCAUCACCUAGAAGCUGUGUAAACAUCUGGUAAAAUCCAAUUAGAAGCCAGAUAGCGAAUAUUACAUAGGCAUACCUAGAUAAGGAUUUUAUCUUUAAGUGUUGAAAAGAUCUCUCGAGGUGAGCAUAGCAAAUGAGUGAGGGAUUUUCAACYCAAGAAGAUAAAACUAAUAUCUCGAAGCAAUCAUGUAGUAUUCUGUUUAUCAUAUAAUUCUAUAUGAAAGAAAAUAUGCUGUAAAAUACCU